AUGGCGGGGAGGAGGCGGAGAGGAAUCCGGUUAAGGGAGCUGUACGCCUUCUCCGGCGGGCGAUCGCCGGCGGUGGCAGGUGGGUACUCGAGGGAGGUGCACUGCAACGCGCCGGGGGAAGCGGGAGGCCACGGGUACGCUGGGAAUAAGAUUUCCACCACCAAGUACACUGUGGUGAAUCUGGUGCCCAAAUCUCUGUUCGAGCAAUUCCGGAGGGUGGCCAACGUGUUCUUCCUCGUGGUGUCGUGCGUCUCCUUUACCCCGCUGGCGCCGUACAGGGCCGUGAGCGUACUGCUGCCGUUGGUGGUCGUCGUGGGGGCGACCAUGGCCAAGGAGGCCGUCGAAGACUGGCGCCGCAAGCAGCAGGUCGAGAUCUGGCUGAACUCUGCAGUAUUCUGUGAUCCGUUGUUCAAGUUUUUGUGCGAAUUUUUGACCAAACUCUGCCUCCAAAGUAUUCGGAUCUCGGUUUGCUCCGGAAUCUACCUUCUGGUGUUUUCCUUGAUUGAAUUUAUUCAAGCUGUCGUAUAAUCCCUCCAUAACCGCUCGAUAGGUUCCUGGUUCUCUCAGCGAAAACCAAGUUUCCCAUUAAAAAAAAAGAAGAAGAUUUCAGCAAAAUCAGCCCCAAUCUGGCUCUAAUCUGAUGUCAUGAGCCUGACCAGACUGAAACCGGCUGAUUUGAUGUUGACUAUCCGACCUCAGAGCAACCAGAUCAGUUUAGGACUGCAGCAGCCCGAAAUUGGGUGGACAUCUACGCUGGUCUGUCAUUGUUUCUGGAGGGAUUACCCUUGGGAAGGCAUCUGCUGAAGAUGAUGCAUCUUAUCUUUCUUCCAUUUUUUAAAAUCAAUUAGCUAUGAUUCUUUUUUUUUAACGUUCUGUUCUGAGAUUUUGUUUCCCCCCCGGAAUUAACCGACCCUAUCAGUCCAGAUCCAUAUUGGUCGGUGCCAAUUCGAGCACCGUUUCUGUUCAGUCUUCCUCGACGCACACUGCCCAUGAUGAGUAGCAUCAUGGUUCUUUCCUUCUGAUCGUCACGAUUAUCAGGAGAGAGAUUAUAAAAUACCCAUUGGAGUCUCACAGUGUGGAGCUCCAAGUGGGCAGGGUUGUAUGGUGAUAUUGCUUAUUUCUAUCAUUUUCUGACCAAUGUUCGUCAUUUACCAGCAUUAUGUCUUCCCUCUUAUGAUACCAUAUUAGAGAAACUGAUCUGUAGCUACACUGAUAUUUUUAUCAGUGGAUGUUUUCUGUUAGUGGGUUCAAUGUGCCUUUUUGCCAGAGAUCUCUCAUUGUUGCCUCGGCUAAAUAGCUGACAACGAAGAACUCAGGUCGCCUUAAAGUGUUCAUAAUGAUGGUCAAACUCCGAAUUUCUCGCAGGAUGUUGAGGUCAACAACCGGAAAGUCAAAGUGUGUCGUGAGGAUCAGGCUUUCCACCAAACGGAGUGGAAGAAUAUCCAGGUAGGAGAUAUUGUCAUGGUGGAGAGAGACGAGUUCUUCCCUGCUGAUCUGCUCUUGCUUUCAUCAAGUUACGAAGAUGGGAUCUGCUACGUUGAAACCAUGAACCUUGAUGGGGAGACAAACUUGAAACUUAAGCAGUCUUUGGAGGCGACGACACCGUUUUGUGAGGAGGACUCGUUCCAGAGAUUUAAAGCACUAAUCAAGUGUGAAGACCCAAAUGAGAAUCUCUAUUCCUUCACUGGGACAAUGCACCAUGAGGGUUUACAGUAUUCUCUUUCGCUUCAACAGCUUCUUUUACGAGAUUCCAAGCUUCGGAACACUGAUUAUGUCUUUGGCAUUGUAAUUUUUACUGGACAUGAGACGAAGGUCAUGAAGAACGCCAUGGAAGCUCCCUCCAAAAGGAGUAAGAUCGAGAGGAAGAUGGACAAAAUCAUCUAUGUUCAAAUCAGCGUCCUUAUUCUCAUUGUUUCCAUUGGGUCUGCCUUUUUUGGGAUUGAAACCAAGAAAGAUAUCAAUGGUGAACCAUUUCAGCGAUGGUAUCUCAGACCAGAUGACACAUCUGAUUUCUUUGAUCCUAAUAAAGCUUUUUUGGCAUCUUUUUUCCAUUUUAUGACGGGGCUUAUGCUUUACGGAUGCUUCAUUCCGAUUUCGCUGUAUAUCUCUGUAGAAAUCGUAAAGGUUUUGCAGAGUACAUUUAUUAAUAAAGACCGGGAGAUGUACUAUGAGGAAGCUGACAAGCCCGCGCGUGCUAGAACGUCAAAUCUGAAUGAAGAACUUGGUCAGGUUGACACCGUAUUGUCUGACAAAACUGGCACGUUGACCUGCAACUCAAUGGAAUUUGUGAAGUGUUCUAUAGGUGGUAUUGCAUAUGGUGAUGUAGAAACAGAAUCACUAGAGAAAAACCCCCAUCAUCAGGAUCCUGAUUAUUGGGGAUAUUAUAAAGACAGUCACUGUGACCAGAAUAAUUCUAUCAAAGGUUUCAGUUUUAGUGAUGCACGCUUGAUGAAUGGAGAGUGGUCGAAACAGCCCCAUUCAGAUAUAAUACAGAAGUUCUUCCAAGUCCUAGCGAUAUGCCAUACCGUUGUACCUGAAGUGAAAAACGAGAGCACAAAGAUCCUAUACGAAGCCGAGUCUCCAGAUGAAGCUGCAUUUGUCAUAGCUGCUAGGGAGCUUGGCUAUGAGUUCUAUGAAAGGACCCAGACAAGCAUCUCCCUGCACGAGUUUGACCCUAGGAUUGGACGAAAGGUUGAUAGGUCCUCUUUUGUGCACCUCUCUCUAGCAAAGUUUUUUAUUAUUAUUAUUUUUUACUUACCAAUGUCCCUUGCACAAAAAUUGUUUAUAAUGCGUAAUCUCAUACCCAAUGGUUGCAAAUUUCAGGACAUACAAAAUUCUCAACAUCAUAGAAUUCACUCCUUCUCGCAAGAGAAUGACAGUAAUUCUGAGGAAUGACGAAGGUCAACUGUUGCUUCUAUCUAAGGGAGCAGACAGGUAUGCUGUGUUUGUGAUGCAUUUCUAGCGUAAGAAGCUUCUGAAACGUUUGAAGUCAUCAUGUCAUCGUGUACUUAAAUGCUGUCUCAGUGUCAUGUUUGAUCGACUUUCUGAGGAUGGGCGUGCUUCUGAGGCCAAGACCAGAGAGCACGUCAACCGAUACUCUGAGGCUGGGCUGCGAACUUUGGUCGUCGCAUACCGUGAGCUGAGUGAAGAAGAGUACAGAGAAUGGAAUGAGAUGUUUGAAAAGGCCAAGAACUCAGUCAGCGACAAUCGUGGUGAUCUGGUGGACGCCGCAGCUGAUAUUAUCGAGCAGAAUUUGAUUCUCAUAGGUGCCACAGCAGUUGAGGACAGGCUGCAAAAAGGGGUAACUAUUCUUGCAACAGUGUUCACUGCUUUCUUUGAUCUUCUUUUUUUUCAUGUUUUUAUGGGUUUGCCUGACAUAAUCAUGGAAAGCUCUGCAUUCUCGUUGCAUGCCACUUGUAAUGUAGAGGAAAAUGCGUGUGCAGUGUCUUCCUUAGAAGAGAUUCAUACAUCAUUUCUCACUUUUUUUUUUCAUCUGGGCUGUAGAUGCAUGGUACUGUACUUGGGCUAUGGUCCCGAAACAUGGGCACUGUUCUUAAUCAUGCUUAUUGUAGGUUCCUGAAUGCAUUGAGAAGCUUGUUCAAGCUGGAAUCAAGAUAUGGGUGUUGACCGGCGACAAACUGGAAACUGCAGUAAAUAUUGGGUACCCACUUAGAUUUCUUUUUCUGUUUGAACCGGCGGGUGGCAAUUGUCUGAUAUGUGCAGAAAAAUGCAGAUUCUCUUGUAACUUGCUGAGGAAAGAUAUGAAGUUAAUCAUGAUCACUUUGGACAAACCAGAUAUUGUCGCUUUGGAGAAACUCGGGGACAAGGAGAUCAUAGCUAAGGUAUGUGAACUCUAGACCUCUCAAGGGAACGCAUGCCUUAUAAGGUCAACGCCUCAUCUUUCUGAUUUCUCUGAGAAUCUGCUGUCUGUCAGGCGUGUUUUAAGGACAUAGAAAAGCAAAUCUUCAAUGCAAGGGCUGAAGUUCGUAUGGCAGGAAGCCGUGAUGUCCUUGGUCUUGUGAUUGAAGGCAAGUCUUUGACUUUUGCUCUCGCUGUCGACCUGGAGAAGUCGUUCUUAGAGCUAGCACUUGGCUGCACGUCAGUCAUCUGCUGUCGAACCUCCCCAAAACAAAAAGCUCUGGUAAUAUUUAUCAUUAACUUAAAAGGUUCUCAUGAUCUUGGUGGUGCAGUUUCUGUCGCCGCAAGAAUAUUCUGAUUGGGAGCCUGAAAGGUCUGUAGGUUGCUAGAUUGGUGAAAAAGGGUACAGAGGGAACAAUACUGGCUGUUGGUGAUGGGGCAAACGAUGUCGGGAUGCUUCAAGAGGCUGAUAUUGGAGUUGGGAUUAGCGGAGUCGAGGGGAUGCAGGUACAUACAUAUAUGCGCCAUUGCCAGGUCUAAAAGGUGUAUUCAUAUGUUCAAUUCUACAUAAAUUUACUUGAUUAUAUUUACAGUGGGAGUUUGGUCAUGUUAUUGGGUUCAUGAAACUUCUUUCUUAAAAAAAAAAAAAGAAAAAGAAAAAAGAAAAAAAGAAAAAAAGGAGGCAACCUGGAAUGCUCUGUUUUUCCAGCGAGAUGAAACGGUUGCUGUUUGAAUGCAGGCCGUCAUGUCCAGUGACUUCGCGAUAGCUCAGUUUCGAUACUUGGAGCGUCUACUGCUCGUCCAUGGCCAUUGGUGCUACAGAAGAAUCGCCGCCAUGGUGAGAUUCCUCCGAGUUGGAGAUCACUGAAGGAUUCUGGCGUUGUUUCUCAUGGAUGGUUGACCCCCUGGGACCUUGCCCUCUUUGCAGAUUUGCUACUUCUUCUACAAGAACAUCAUGUUCGGGUUCACCCUCUUCUGGUACGAAGCUCACGCCUCCUUCUCGGGGCAGCCGGCCUACAACGACUGGUAUAUUUCCUUCUACAACCUCGCCUUCACCUCCCUCCCCGUGAUCGCCCUCGGCGUCUUCGACCAAGACAUCCCCGCGAGCAUCUGCCUGAAGGUAACCCAGUUACUCAAAAGCGAAAAGAAAAAGAAAAAAAGAUGACCCAACUCAGGAUUUCUUUCCUCCAUCUCUGUAACCCCAUCUCCUUCGCAGUUUCCUUCCCUGCACCAGGACGGCGUGAAGAACAUAUUCUUCAGCUGGCGCCGCAUCUUGGGCUGGAUGGUCAACGGAGUCUGCGGCUCCCUGAUCAUCUUCUACCUCUCUACGAAUAUAAUCCUCCCGCAGGCGUUUCGGAAGGACGGCUCCAUUGCAGGGGCCGAGAUCCUCGGCGCCACCAUGUACACCGCCGUCGUUUGGACGGUGAAUUGCCAGAUGGCCCUCUUCCUCAACUACUUCACUUGGAUCCACCAUCUCUUCAUCUGGGGAAGCAUCGUAUCCUGGUACGUGUUCCUGGUGGUCUAUGGAUCUCUCCCCACCACCAUCUCAGCGUCGGCGUAUCAGGUCUUCGUUGAAGCCUGUGCGGCGAGCCCGCUCUACUGGUCGGUCACCUUCUUCACCAUGGCCUCUGCCCUUGUGCCCUACUUCCUCUUCUCCGGCCUCCAGACCACGUUCUUCCCCAGGUGCCAUGACCUGGUUCAGAGAGCACACUUGGACGGCCUCUAUGAACACCUGAUCAGAAAGACGAUAGUUCCUCCGCCAUUAUCAUCUUCAUCAUCAUGA